AUGCACAAAAACAGUUUCUCUACAAUUUCAGAAGACGCACUUUUAAAAGCUUGUAAAAAUUGGUGGGGGGAAUUUAAAAAAGUUGGAAUACAAUCCAGUCUAGUUGUUAACGGAAAUAAUUUCAUUAAUAUUGGACAUGCUACACAAAUGGCCUGGGCAGAAACAACAGAAAUUGGUUGUGGUGUAGCAAAAUGCCCAAAUGCACCGUAUAAAACUUAUACUGUUUGUCAAUACAAUAAACCUGGAAAUUAUCUUGGACAAGUUGUUUACAAAAAAGGAAAAGCAUGUAGUGGUUGUGGAAGUAAAGGGUGUUCGAACGGAUUGUGUAAUAAUUGA